AUGGACCCACUGCUUUCAGAAGAGUCUCUGCAUAGUUUUUUAAAAAGCGGUGAUAAAGUAUGCGUUACAGUCAAAGGAAACAGAGAAGUUGUUGGCACUAUGGAACUAACAGACAAACACAUGAAUGUUCUUUUACGGGAUGCAGUAGAAACAAGAACUCAAUUGCCUUCAAUGCUUAAAGGGAAAAAAAGACAAAUUAAAAAAGUAUUUACACGAACUCUUGGAAAUGUAUUCAUUAGAGGAGAGACUGUAAUUGCAAUAUCUGCAGAAGAAUAGAAAUAUUUUCAUGCGUAUACACUCCG